CUGACUGUAUGUCCCUCUCUCACUCUGUGCAUGAGCUGGAGUUACUGAACAUACAGUGAUUGUUACUAAGAGCCAGUGAGGCAUCUGUAUUAUACCGGAGACUCAUUUCAAAAGAGCUUUGCUUGGUCCACAUAGAAAAAUCAAGGCAUAUAAGUCAUAUUAGGUCAGCUCACCUGAAGACUGAAGUCGUCUCUGAGAGUCAAACAUGGACUGUCACAAUGAGGAUUGCAGCCGGCCCCAGGAGGAGGAGGACAUCAUGGACAUCCCCCUGGAUGACCCUGAAGCCAACAGGGCUGCUGCCAAGAUCCAGGCUGGCUUCCGUGGGCACAUGACCCGUAAGAAGAUGAAGCCGGAGGACAAAGCGGAAGGGGAGGAGGUGAGCAGCACUGGGAAUGUGCUGAACUGCAGCCAGGGGGACACAGAGACAGGAGGAUCGGGGGCAGUAGAAAGAGACGACACAUCUGUGCCAGAGCAGUGACGCCCCUGUCCUGACCUGGAUGAAGAGGAAGAGAGAUGGCUGGCAUACGCUGGCUGGCACAUCUUUUUACCCCAGGAGUCAUUUUAUUUUUCAACACAAAUUAGCAGUAGAAAAUGAACCCGCAGUUUGUAGGGUGUGAUAUGUUAAUUUCGUGAACUUUAACACUCCUUCUCUGCUUCUUCAGCAGUAUCAUCAGUACGGAUGUCUUUGACCCAGAAUGUGCAACUCACUGCAUGUACUUGUGAAACUUCUGGUAGUGUGCUAGUUUUUAGAUUGACGAUCUGUGAAUGUGAAAAUGAAUGUCCUCUAAAUGCUAAACACGGCUUAUAUCGGAUGGAUCAGUUCAUACCAUCUGUGUGAAGACUUUGUGUGCAUCAGCUUUAGACAUUGUAGUGGCUUAAAUUAUUUGCUUGUUUGCUUUGUUUAUGUUGUGCUUGUAUCUUGACUAUUAUUCACCUAUUUGACUUGCUUACAAAAAUGAUUAAAACAUCUAAAGAGAA